CUCCAGAGUGUGGCUAAAUCAUCAUGUCCAGAAUUACAGUAGUCCAGCCAUUUUGUUCAGCCCUGCCAUUCAUUAGUCAAAUCAGACUGAGGCAAAGUUGAACAGAGAGACGGACAAGCUUUGAACAGAGAGACGGACAAGCUUUGAACAGAGAGACGGACAAGCUUUGAACAGAGAGACGGACAAGCUUUGAACAGAGAAACGGACAAGCUUUGAACAGAGAGACGGACAAGCUUUGAACAGAGAGACGGAUAAGCUUUGAACAGAGAGACGGACAAGCUUUGAACAGAGAGACGGACAAGCUUUGAACAGAGAGACGGACAAGCUAAAAUGAAUUGAGCAUCAAUCAGCCUAGUGAUCUGAAACAACUCUUCAAGUCCAAAGGCAGAAGCUCAUCCACACAGCCGGGUGAAAGUUCAACGGUGAAAGAAGGGGAUCCCACUUUCGAUCUCACCAUGGACUGGAAGACGUUCGAGGCGCUGCUUAGCGGGGUCAAUAAAUACUCUACCGCGUUUGGACGUAUCUGGCUCGCGGUAGUCUUCGUGUUUCGCGUCAUGGUCUUCGUCGUGGCCGCAGAACGCGUCUUUAGUGAGGACCAGAAAGACUUUGACUGCAACACUCGGCAACCCGGCUGCGCCAAUGCCUGUUACGACCACUUCUUCCCUGUCUCCCACACCCGGCUCUGGGCACUCCAGCUCAUCUUCGUCACCUGUCCCACCUUCAUGGUCGUGAUGCACGUGGCGUACCGUGAGGAACGCGAACGCAAGUACCGCAUCACGCACGGCGAGAAUGCCCGUCUCUACGACAACACAGGACAGAAGCACGGAGGACUCUGGUGGACGUAUCUCCUCAGCCUCUUCUUCAAGACGGCCAUCGAGGUGGCGUUCCUCUACCUCCUCCAUCUCAUCUACAACAACUUUGACCUGCCGAGACGCGUCAUAUGCGACCUCUGGCCUUGUCCUAACCAGGUGGAUUGCUACAUCGGCCGGCCCACAGAGAAGAGGGUGUUUACCUACUUCAUGGUAGGGGCGUCGGCUGUGUGUAUAGUGCUCAACGUGUGUGAGAUCUUUUACCUGAUAGCCAUCCGUGUGCUGAGGAUCAGUCAUCGGGGAAGCCUCCAUACCUCCCCCAACAUUAGGUGCUCUGAGCUGGACUGUGAUGGGUGUCAGACGCUGGCGGCGACAGCAGAGUACCAGGAGUGCAACGAGGCCAACUUAGCCAUGGAGAAGAAAAGUACAUCUAUAUUUUGAGUCAGACAUUAAACUUUUUACAAUUGAACUUUUAUUAGAUGACAAAUCUUUAUUGACUAAAUGUUGUUAACCAAAACCUGAGUUUUAUCAAUACAUUUAUUUUAGUCAAAUGUAAUUUUUAUGGCCAACCACCUCCUCACCCUCCCUUACGGACACACCUCUGUGAGGGUGAAAGACUGACGAAGGUUAAGAGUUCUUGAAAGUGAUUUAACAGGUCAGACGUUGCUCAGACGUUGCUGACGAAUACCAGAGUUUACAACACAAAUGUCGGUAUUUUACAUAUCAGCUAACCGCAUCUUAUGAUAAUCUGGUGCCCGACUGCACAGUCGAUGUUGUCGCAUCCAAUCAUUGGUUGAUGCAUGUAACGUCUCAGCAAGGAAACGCAACCCCCCUGCUCAUCUGAUCUGGCCCCCUGCUCAUCUGAUCUGGUCCCCUGCUCAUCUGAUCUGGCCCCCUGCUCAUCUGAUCUGGCCCCCCUGCUCAUCUGAUCUGCCCCCCUGCUCAUCUGAUCUGGUCCCCUGCUCAUCUGAUCUGGCCCCCCUGCUCAUCUGAUCUGGCCCCCCUGCUCAUCUGAUCUGGUCCCCUGCUCAUCUGAUCUGGCCCCCUGCUCAUCUGAUCUGGUCCCCUGCUCAUCUGAUCUGGCCCCCUGCUCAUCUGAUCUGGUCCCCUGCUCAUCUGAUCUGGCCCCCUGCUCAUCUGAUCUGGCCCCCUGCUCAUCUGAUCUGGCCCCCCUGCUCAUCUGAUCUGGCCCCCUGCUCAUCUGAUCUGGCCCCCCUGCUCAUCUGAUCUGGCCCCCCUGCUCAUCUGAUCUGGCCCCCUGCUCAUCUGAUCUGGCCCCCUGCUCAUCUGAUCUGGCCACCUGCUCAUCUGAUCUGGCCCCCUGCUCAUCUGAUCUGGCCCCCUGCUCAUCUGAUCUGGCCCCCUGCUCAUCUGAUCUGGCCCCCUGCUCAUCUGAUCUGGUCCCCUGCUCAUCUGAUCUGGCCCCCUGCUCAUCUGAUCUGGCCCCCCUGCUCAUCUGAUCUGGCCCCCAGCUCAUCUGAUCUGGCCCCCUGCUCAUCUGAUCUGGCCCCCUGCUCAUCUGAUCUGGCCCCCUGCUCAUCUGAUCUGUCCCCCUGCUCAUCUGAUCUGGCCCCCUGCUCAUCUGAUCUGGCCCCCCUGCUCAUCUGAUCUGGCCCCCUGCUCAUCUGAUCUGGCCCCCUGCUCAUCUGAUCUGGCCCCCUGCUCAUCUGAUCUGGCCCCCCUGCUCAUCUGAUCUGGCCCCCUGCUCAUCUGAUCUGGCCCCCUGCUCAUCUGAUCUGGCCCCCCUGCUCAUCUGAUCUGGCCCCCUGCUCAUCUGAUCUGGCCCCCUGCUCAUCUGAUCUGGCCCCCUGCUCAUCUGAUCUGGCCCCCCUGCUCAUCUGAUCUGGCCCCCUGCUCAUCUGAUCUGGCCCCCUGCUCAUCUGAUCUGGCCCCCCUGCUCAUCUGAUCUGGCCCCCUGCUCAUCUGAACUGGCCCCCUGCUCAUCUGAUCUGGCCCCCUGCUCAUCUGAUCUGGCCCCCCUGCUCAUCUGAUCUGGCCCCCUGCUCAUCUUAUCUGGCCCCCUGCUCAUCUGAUCUGGCCCCCUGCUCAUCUGAUCUGGCCCCCUGCUCAUCUGAUCUGGCCCCCUGCUCAUCUGAUCUGGCCCCCUGCUCAUCUGAUCUGGCCCCCUGCUCAUCUGAUCUGGCCCCCUGCUCAUCUGAUCUGGUCCCCCUGCUCAUCUGAUCUGGCCCCCCUGCUCAUCUGAUCUGGCCCCCUGCUCAUCUGAUCUGGUCCCCUGCUCAUCUGAUCUGGUCCCCCUGCUCAUCUGAUCUGGUCCCCUGCUCAUCUGAUCUGGUCCCCUGCUCAUCUGAUCUGGCCCCCUGCUCAUCUGAUCUGGCCCCCUGCUCAUCUGAUCUGGCCCCCCUGCUCAUCUGAUCUGGCCCCCUGCUCAUCUGAUCUGGCCCCCUGCUCAUCUGAUCUGGCCCCCCUGCUUUUUUCUGUAUUGUUUUACCUUUUUAGAUUUACGGUUCAUUUAUUAUUAUCUUAAUUCGUAAUUUUUAUUUUUAUUUUUUCCUUAGUAAUUUAAAGUUUUCUUUACAGUGAAAUGCAGGGCAGUGUACAGACCUUUCAGGGAGCAGGUGCUCAAAAUGAAAAAAGGGUACCCCCCCCCCCCCCUUGAAAAAUAUAAAUGGACUUUUAUCAGUCAUGUCUUGAUCUUCAUAACAUCGACUACUAGCUGCCUCUGUAGCGAACAUUUAAAAUGUUUUCAGGCCUGUUUAUUUCUGCAACAACACACUCACUCGUCACAAACUGUAAGCAAGCUAGUUACAGUGCCUCCAAAAGAUAUGAUCUGAAAAAGGCGAUCAGCUGAUUUUUAGUUAAGGAAACGUAACCUUUAUUUAACCAGGCAAGUCAGUUUAAGAACCAAUUCUUAUUUACAACGACGACGUUGUGCCAAUUGUGCGCCACCCUGUGGGGUUCCCAAUCACGGUCGGUUGUGAUACAGUCUGGAUUCGAACCACGGUGUCUGUAUUGAUGGUUCUAGCACUGAGACGCUGUGCCUUAGACUGCUGCGCCACUCGGGAGCUGGUCGUUGAUGUUGAUGAUUGAUGGAAAUCUGCUAUUUAGCUAGCUAGAUCUUUUUUUUUUUUUACCGAUUGUGAUUUAUUUUCAAUACUAUUAAAUAAUAACUUUAGAAUAUAGCCAAAUAUUUAUAAUCUUCACACUAAUGAUAUAUGGCUGGCUGGCUAGAGGCUUGUGUGGAUAUUGUAGUGUAUGGUGGUUAGCUAGAGUCUACACUACCUGUGUUCAGUGUUUCAUUUGUGAAUCGGAAGGUGCCGGAAACAAAAAGUGAGUGAGGGGGGAACCUGGGGAGUUCUAAGGUAACGGAACACAUAAAAAAAGUCCCCUUUAUAAUA